ACUCGGGACUACACGUGUUGUAUAGAACUACACAUAUCGUGUUGUUGUAAGAGAAGGACUAGAGGGCUUUCCCGCGCCGCCACAGACACCACCAUGGUCAAACGGACACCCAGCCAGGCGUCGGAGGAGUCGGUGCGCGAGGUGCAGCGCGAGGACGACGGGUCGCUGCUGUCAGCGCCAGACGAGCUGGAGGAGAAGUGGAAGAGCGGGAUUCGAUUCAAGGUCGACCUGCGGCUGUGCAGCAUCGCCGGCGUGCUCGCGAGUCUCAACCUGCUCGACAGCGGCGUCAUCUCGUCGGCGUCGGUGACCUCGAUGCUGUCCGACCUCGAGCUGGACGUGGGGAACCGCUACUCCGUGUCCAUCUUCAUCUUCACCAUUGCCAGCAUCGCGUUCCAGCUGCCCUCGACCAUCGCGGUGCGCACGUUCGGCCCGCGCAUUUGGUUCUCGUUCAUCACGGUGUGCUUUGGGAUUAUCACGCUGUGCACCGCGUUCGUCACCUCCUGGCGCCAGAUGAUCGCCCUGCGCAUCCUGCUCGGCAUCGCCAUGUCGGGCGUCUACCCUGGGCUUACCUACUUGCUUAGCAUCUGGUAUACGCGCAAGGAGCAGCAGCUGCGCUUUGCCCUCAUGCAGAGCGGCGAAGUAUCCAUCCUCGCCGCGGGCAGCAUCGUCAACUACGGCCUCAACCGCCUCGACGGCGCCCACGGCCUCAAGGGCUGGCAGUGGAUGUUCGUCGUCCAGGGCGCCAUCACCGCCUUCCUCGGCGUCCUGACGUACUGGUGGAUGCCCGACUUCCCCGAGCGCGCACACACGUCGUUCCACUUCCUGAGCGAGUCGGAGGCGCGCGUGGCCAGCGCCCGCAUCGCGCUCGACCGCGGCGACCACGAGCCGACCCCCUUCACCUGGCGCGCGGUGCUCUCCCACGCCGCAGACCCCAAGAUCUACGCCUUCUGCACGCUCUACUUCCUCCAGAACCUCGUCUCCACCAGCAUGAGCUACUUCCUGCCCAUCAUCCUGCAGGGCGGCAUGGGCUUCAGCACGGGCGACUCGAUCCUGCUCUCCGCGCCGCCCUACUUCUACGCCGUCAUCCCCGCGCUGCUAUCGUCCUACGUCGGCGACCGCUUCCGCCUGCGCGGGCCCGUCAUCGUGUUCAACUGCGCCACGCUGGUCGUCGGCUUCGCGCUGCUGGGCUUCAGCCCGCACGUCGGCGCGCGCCUGGCGGGCACGUAUCUCGCGACCGGCGCGUACGUGGCCAACUGGGCCGCCAUGGCGACGUACCAGGCCAACAACGUCGUCGGCCAGUGGAAGCGGGUGUUCACGGCCGCGGCGGUGACGGCGUGCAACGGCGCGGGCGGGAUCGCGGGGAGUUUCAUCGUCCGCCGCCAGGAGAGUCCGCGGUACUUGACCGCCGUGUGGGUGUCGAUUGGGAGCCAUGUGUUGAUUGUCGCGGUCGUGGGGCUGUUCAGCGUGUAUUUCUACAUCGCGAACGGGCGCCAGAGGAGGGGGAAAGUGGUGUUGGAGGGCACGCCCGGGUUUCGGUUUACGUAUUAGAGGGGGCGGUAUGUAUAUCUAUUCGCAUCUCAAAAGCUCAGGUUCGUUAUAUUCAUUGAGUUCACGACUCUACGUCCGGAUAUGCUUGCUACUGCAUUGCCAAAGCUCAAUAUAGCCACACCAGCUACAAAUUGAAGCCCGCGAUGUUCCCGAUGAAAUGGUGGCUACGAUCUCAUGUCGUGGUUCAUGAUCCACAAGCAAAUCCUAGGCAAGAUUCACGCAUGCUUCAACAGAAGAAGCCGUGCAGGACGAACAAUGCCUCAACGCUGCUUCCCACAAGGUUCCACCAUGCGGUAGCUAU